GCACGUGUCGACAGUUCUCGGAGCAGCUGCAUGCAGUCUGCAUGAGCUAGUCGCCCGCCUUCUGUCUGGCCUUCAUUGAUUCACGUGCGGAGAGAGAGAGUAAAUGCCAGGUGUCGGCGACGGACGGUUGGAAAAAGGUGCGCGCCUUGAGGGUUGACGCACAUCACCUUCGAUUCUCCUGGAUAUUUUGCAAGUUUUUACCGUGAAAAAUGGCUAUGCUUGCGGGUCCUAAGCGUAAGCAGAAGUGGACACUGAAUCCACGAGGCAAACAUUGGAGUGAAGAUUCCAACAAGUUUGGCCAAAAGAUGCUGGAAAAGAUGGGCUGGACAAGCGGCAAAGGACUUGGAGCUAAAGAGCAAGGAAUGGUCGAACACAUAAGAGUCAAAGUAAAGAAUGAUCAAGUUGGUAUUGGAUUUGAUAAAAACCGUGACGACCAGUGGACCGAGCAUCAGGAUGAUUUCAAUAGUUUCCUGCAAAACCUACAGAAAGAACAAGCUGGUGCUCCAGUAGAAAUUCCAGAAGAAAAAGAGAAAGUACUUAGUGGCAAAUCUUUAGAAGAAAGGUCAAAGCUUAGUCAGAAAAGAGUGCACUACAAAAAAUUCACACGUGGCAAGGAUGUAAAUAAGUAUAGUACAAAAGAUCUUGCAAAUAUCUUUGGCAAAAGAGAUUUGAAUGAAAAACCUGUCAAGGAAGAGAAGGAAGAGGAAGAUGAAAAGAUAUACGACCCAAUCGGCUCACAGGAUCAUACAGCUGGAAUCCUUACCAUCAAAGGUGGUAACAUAAAUGAUUACUUCAAGAAAAAACUUGGUUAUGGUGAACACGAUAGUGUUGGUAAUGAAAAAGAGAAUUCUGAAAGUGAAUCCGAACAACGCGUAGGUUUUGGUUUUUCCGCAAAAAGCAAGAGCACGUUUUACGUCAAUGACGGUGUUGCGGCCGAAAAAGAAGAUUCUGACAGUGCAACUGAGAAGUACGCAGGUUUUGGAUUCACAAAGAGCAGUGAAUCCAAAUCAAAAGUUAAGAAGCACAAUAAUUUGAAUUAUGUAUUUGAUAAUCCAUGCUUGGAUUUGAAUAUACUAGAUGAAGAUUCUCCUGUACCAAGGAAAAUUAAGACUGAAACUGUAGAUAUAAGAUCUAAUGAAACGGCGACGCCGAAAAAGCGAAAGAGUGAAUUCAUCUUUGACAAUGUUGGUUUGGAUUUGGAGUACCCAGAUAGGCCUACACCUAAAAAGAUUAAAACUGAAUCAGUUUUUAAUGGGUAUGAAAAUCCUGCAUUAGAUUUAGAAAAAUGCAAAAAAAAUGCAAAGUUGGAGUCUACGAAUAAUAGAAUCGAAAAUCCGGCAUUGGAUAUAGAAUGUGUGGAUGGGAGAACACAAAAAAAAAGUAAGAAAGUGAAAGCUGAGCUUGCAGUUAACGGAAUUGAAAAUCCUGUAUUGGAUCUGGAAUGUUUGGAUAGACCAACGCCAAAAAAAUCGAAGAAAAUUAAGGAAGUCGAGAUUCUAACUAAUGGAAUUGAAAAUCCUGCUCUUGAUUUAGAAUGUCCAGACAGGCCAACGCCAAAAAAAUCGAAGAAAAUUAAGGAAGUCGAGAUUCUAACUAAUGGAAUUGAAAAUCCUGCUCUUGAUUUAGAAUGUCCAGACAGGCCAACGCCAAAAAAAUCGAAGAAAGUUAAGGAAAUCGAAAUUUUAACUAAUGGAAUUGAAAAUCCCGCUCUUGAUUUAGAAAUUUCCGACAGGAUGACGCCAAAAAAAUCGAAAAAAAUAAAAGAAGUCGAAAUUUUAACUAAUGGAAUUGAAAAUCCCGCUCUUGAUUUAGAAAUUUCCGACAGGAUGACGCCAAAAAAAUCGAAAAAAAUAAAAGAAGUCGAAAUUUUAACUAAUGGAAUUGAAAAUCCCGCUCUUGAUUUAGAAAUUCCUACUAGAUCAACACCGAAAAAAUCGAAGAAAAGUAAGGAAAUCGAAGUUCUACCAACUUCAUUUGAAAAUCCAGCUCUAGAUUUAAACCAUCAUUCAAAUGAAGUACUUAGUACAUCGGAUUUUGAAGUAUUAAGAGUAACAUGUGGACUUGAAAAUAAUGCACUUGAUCUGUCUGAUGAUAAUCCAAGCAAAAAACGUGUUACAUUCAAUGACCAAGUAGAGUAUAAUACAGAUACUAUCAAGAAGAAGAAAAAGAAGCGAAAACUUGACAAGUAUGAGGUAGUGAAUGAUAAAUUAAAAAAGAAAGGUCAAUCCGAGUCUGAACCAGUUGUUUUUGUGAAUGAAGGAUUAGAUUCAGAAAUCAUCAAUGAAGAGGAAAUAGAUAAUGAAAUCAAUGAAAGGAAAAGUAAAAAGGGAAAAAGAAGAAGAAGGGAGCGAAGGAUGUCUCAGUUGGAGACUAUUCAGGAGGCACCAGAGUUAGAGAACUCUAAUGAGACUCCAGAACUUGCAGAAAAUUCUGUAAAAAGCAGUGAUAAAGAUGUGGAAGUAGUAGAUGAAUUUGAGAGUGAAGAUAUUCAAGAAAUCACAAACGCGAAUUCAUCCAGAAAGAAGAAUAAAAAGAGAAAAGAAAAGCAAAAACUUAGAGGAGAAAUUGACAUAAUAGAUGAGAAUGUAAAUGAAUUAUCAAAUGAAGUCACAGAUAAGAAGAAAAAGAAAAAUAGCACUAAAGUAAGAAUUGAAGAAAUUACAAUCAAUGAUGGUCCAGAAAAAGAAAAUGUUUGCUGUGACAAAGACGAAGAAACGAAUGUCAAUUGCAAAAAGGAGAAGAGAAAGAAAAAGGAAAAAAAUGACGGUGAUGUAGUUAGUUUAGAAGAAUUUUUAAGCGAAGAGCGUAUAGAUGAAGAAAAGCCAAAGCUUGUAAAACAAGAUGUAGAGUCUGUGGCUAGUAUAGCAGAAAAUACUGUUGCUGCUGCUGAGGAUAAUAAUUUGAGUUCUUUCCAAAAAUUUAAGAAGUCUAAGCAGGUUAUGAAAUCAUUAUUUAUAAAGAAUCCUACACUGAUUUUUAAUGGAUCUAACAUCAAUGAAAUCAAAGGAUAUGGUUCACAUGUAACAAAUAGUUAUUAAAUUUGAAUGAUUUUAAGAUUUUUGAAGAAAUCGGCUUUGUAAAAAAUGUACUUCUAUAUAUUUUUUAUAUAUUUAUAUUAUAGUGAUAAUGAAAUAAAUUAUGCUAGUUAAAAUAAUAAUUGUUAAUAAUAAUUAAGUUUAUUAUGAUUUUUAUAAGGGCAACUAGGUUUAAUUCAUUAAUAAAGAAUUAGUUUGUAAAUAACUUGUGCUUUUUCUUUAUUAAACAAUUUACAUUUUUAUUAUGAAUUUGUAAGCAUUGAAAUCACACAUGUCAUGGAUACAUACAAAAAUAUAGAAGUGAAGCAAUCACAACAUUAACGAAUAUAUUGCAAAUAUACUUAUAA